AACAUCACAAUUAUUAACAAAUUAUAGAUAGACUCAAAUUCUUAGAUAAAUCCUAUCAAAGGUAGAAUUCUUUGUCAAAUUGACAAUCUUAUAUUUCAUCUAUAAAAAGGAUCGGUUCUCCUUUCUUUCUCCUAUUCUGCUUUCUUUCUCCACUGAUCGGUUCUGCUUUGUUUCUCCUGUUCUUCUUUUGGAAAUGUCGACGAAUAAUGAAGUUAUUCCUUUGAAUGCCAUCAAGGAAAAAAUACGAAAUAAAUACGUGGUUGUCAGACUUUUACGCUUAUGGGUUCAAAAAGAUAAAUUGGGCAAGGAAGGACUUGAAAUGAUCGUGAUUGAUGAAUGGGAAAUGUCGACGAAUAAUGAAGCUAUUCCUUUGAAUGCCAUCAAGGAAAAAAUACGAAAUAAAUACGUGGUUGUCAGACUUUUACGCUUAUGGGUUCAAAAAGAUAAAUUGGGCAAGGAAGGACUUGAAAUGAUCGUGAUUGAUGAAUGGGGCAACAAAAUUCAAGCAUCCGUCUCAACAGGGAACAAGAAUAAGUUUCAUGAGUUACUUAAAGAGGGACAAAUAACAAUUAUUAAAAACUUCCAAGUAGUGAAAAACAAUCCUAACUUUCAGCAUGCAAAAAUCAAUCAUGAGUGGAAAAUUAGUUUUACCUUUAGAACCAUUGUUUCUGAAUCAAAUUGUAAUAGUUGGACCCAUAUAUUUAUUUGAAAUCAAAGUGGCGUCAAUGUAUCUAUGAUCUAUGGUUUAUAGUUUUGAUUUAUAUAUUAUAUUCUUCUAAUGACUUUUAUUAAAUAGAUUUGCAGUUGACAGAUGACCAAUUAAAAAAUCUAGCAUUGGUUGAAAUUGAGAAGUUGCUUAUAGCUAAUUCCACCAGUUUAGUCAAUUUUCCUGGCAUGCCGUUACCAAACGAAACUGUCAUAUCUAAUUCAGAAAAUCUACUGAUAUUGGAAGAGAUGUCUUACAACAUAGAAGAAAUGAAAGAAGAGCACGCUAAGCUAUAUCCCUCUUUAACAGAUGAGCAAAGAAUGGUUUAUAAAACAAUAAUGACGGCGGUUGAUAAAGGCGAGGGAGGAUUUUUCUUUCUAUAUGGAUAUGGUGGUACAGGAAAGACGUAUAUUUGGAACACCUUAUGCUCGGCCAUACGUGGGAGGGGCGAUAUAGUACUACCAGUAGCUUCGAGUGGUAUAGCAUCGUUACUGUUGCCUAGGGGCAGGACUGCACACUCAAGAUUCGGUAUACCAUUGGACUGCCACGAAAACUCCACAUGCAACAAGAUAAACCCAGAUAACGAUUUAGCUGGACUACUUGAGAAAACAAAGCUUAUUAUUUGGGAUGAGGCACCAAUGACACAUAGAUACUGUUUUGAAGCGCUUGAUAGAAGCUUAAGGGAUAUUAUGAGAUCUCCCGAUAGGUCUGGAAAACCUUUUGGAGGUUUGGUGGUUGUUUUAGGAGGCGACUUUCGACAGAUACUUCCAGUUAUCCCUAAGGGAAGUCGGCAUGACAUCGUGCAUGCCUCUAUAAGUUCAUCUCAACUUUGGAAUUCGUGUCAAGUUCUCAAGUUAACUAAGAACAUGAGAUUACAGGCAAAUGCUUCUGGUUCGGAUGCAGAAGAAACCAAAGAAUUUGCAGAGUGGAUACUUAAAAUAGGUGAUGGUACAGCCGGACAUAGUCUUGGUGAUGGAGAAUCUGUUGUGGCAUUAUCUGAAGAUAUCCUUAUACGCGAUGCAACAAAUCCUAUUGCAGCUAUAGUGGAAAACACAUAUAAUGACGUCAUGAAUAAUGCAUUUGAUCCAGAAAUGUUUAAGAAUAGAGCUAUCUUGGCCCCCACCAAUGAGAUGGUUGAUACGAUCAAUGAUUACGUCAUGUCUCUGAUGUCUACCAAGGAAAGGGUUUACCUAAGUUCAGACAGUAUUUGCAAAGAAGAUGGACAAGUGGACCUUGAUGAACAGGUAUUCUCGGUUGAAUAUCUCAAUACAAUCAAAUGUUCAGGAUUACCGAGUCAUGAAAUUAAAUUGAAAGAAGGAUGCAUAAUAAUGCUUCUCAGAAAUAUUGAUCCAUCUAAUGAGCUUUGCAAUGGCACCAGACUGAUAGUAACUCAACUUGGGGAACGCGUAAUUGAAGGCAAACUCAUUUCAGGAAAAAAUUCGGGCAAGAAGUUUCCAAUAGCUAGAAUGAUUAUGAGUCCAUCAGAUUUCGCUAAAUUUCCAAUUCGGUUUCAGAGAAGGCAAUUUCCUGUGAGUGUUUGUUUUGCUAUGACAAUAAAUAAAAGCCAGGGACAAUCUCUUUCAAAUGUAGGAUUAUACCUACCGAAACCAGUUUUUAGUCAUGGACAACUCUACGUGGCAAUCUCAAGAGUCACUAGAAAAAGAGGUUUAAAGAUUUUAGUAUGUAAUGAGAGUGGUCAUACGCAAGACACAACAACUAAUGUUGUGUAUGAUGAAAUUUUCGAUAGAUUAUGAGGUUGAUUUGAUAUGUGCGUGCUGCUUGUGAUUGGAGGGAAGAAAGAUAAAAUAUGUUAUAUAAGGAUGGUUGAGCCGGGUCGGUUUGGGGACGAUGGUUUGGCCGGAGUUCUUGAAACUGACCUUCCCGCUCUUCUUUCCUUUCCUUUUUGUUUUCGUUUUAGACGAUGACUCUUUUUUCCUUCUACGGUUUUUCCUACCGGGUUUUCCGUAAAAGGGUUUUAAUGAGGCUCGGCCCUUAGUCUGUUUCUUUUGUACUUUCAAGGGUUUCUUAGGUUUUUCUUUUCUUUUAUACAUAAUAGCAUGAGGAUGGAUAUAUUUCGUCUUUUACUGUAUCAUGUUUCGGCUUCA